AUGGCAGAUCCAGGCUCUGAUCGGACGCUGCCGAAACAGGUCAUUGACUACAGUUUUCAGAAUGCAGCCAGGAGCCUCGGGUCUGGGUCCCUGAAGAUCUUCAGAAGCCUUUUGCAGGUGAAACUGAUUGACUACAUCCACAGACAACGGCAGUGUAAGCUGAGUGUGCCCCUGAAUGACAGGACAGCAGAGCUCAACAGCUACCCAAGAUUCAAUGACUGGUUAGACAUUGUCAAUGUGAGGAAAGAAGUUGUACAGAGAAUACCAGAGGAGCUAACCUUAGAUGCCUUACUAGAAAUGAAUGAGUCAAAGGUGAAAGAAACAAUGAAGAGAUGUGGUGCCAGAGAUGAAGAGUGCUCCAGACUCAAUGGGGCACUGAGCUGCUUACGGAAGGUGACUGAGUCAGGUGGGGAUUUAAAAGAUGAUGUGCUGAUGAAUCUUUCUGAGGCACGCCGAGAGAACAGCUCUACAAACACGACCGAAUCCCCCUGCUCCUCUGCGCCCACGUGGACUUCCUCUGCACUGCACCUUCCCAAGGGCAGCAGCCAGCAGGCACGUUCUGUGUCAGUAUCUACAAUCCCAUCUUCAGAUUCUCCUGCCUCGAGUCAUGGACCUUCUAUCUAUGCAGAAAACCUCCUGGACCCUUUUGCAUUCCCCGCACACAGUGGAAGGUUAACGCCAAGGACUCCUCACAGCAUCACCAUCACUCCACCAACCACUCCUCAAGCCAAGAGACGGCAUAAGUUGAAGCCACCACGGACUCCUCCUCCCCCUUCCCGGAAGGUUUUUCAGCUGCUACCUAACUUUCCAACCCUCACAAGGAGCAAGUCCCACGAAUCACAGUUGGGAAACAGGAUAGAUGAAGUUCCUCCAAUAAA